AUGUAUCUGGGAAUAAAACUGCUUUUAAUUCUGUUGGUUUUUGGCCCUAAUGUCAAAUCCUUUAACUAUACAACUUGUGACCAGGCGAAGCAACCAAAAUUCAUGAGCUCCUGUUGUGAUGUCCAAAAAAACGACAAGACAAUCAAAGCCUGUCGGAAGACCUUGCUGAAAAAUAGCUCAACCACUACAAAUAAUGGGCAGAAUCUCAAAUCCGAUAAAGUGGCCCUGCAUGCGUGCAUUGCGGAGUGUUACUUUAAUACCAAUGGCUAUUUACUGAUCAAUGGAAGCGUCAACGUACAAGAAUUGCAGAAGAGUUACCAGCAACGCUACAAAAACGAUCAGACCAUGUCACAACUGAUGGUGAAGAGCCUCAAUAGCUGUACGGAUUAUGCUCAGAAACGGGCUCAGCAAUUUGAAUGGAUGCACACAAAGGGUGAGUGCAACUACUAUCCUGUCACCUUGUUGGCCUGUAUUAUGGAGCAGGUCUACGUCAACUGCCCGAUAACCAAAUGGAAAAACUCCAGCGAGUGCGCAGCGAUGCGGAAAUAUUUGAUUGCCUGUGACGACGUCGAGAGCAACCGGAAGUAAUUUCGAUUGUGAAAACCCAAAUAUAAAUCCGAAACACCAGAAUAGUGC